CAACUUAGUAGACCCGCCAGAAGACUCAAAGUAACGCUCAACGUUUCGGAACAUCCGCACCAAAAUUGCCCGUAACGAAAAUUCGAACCCCAGUCGGAUUCAUCUGCCACCAACUAGGACCCUCGCACAGAAUAGGAGACACUGGACCCACAGGACAUUAUGGAGUUCUGCCAAAAGCUGCGAGGGCAGUUAAGCGAGUUCUUCUUCAUGAACUACCCCUAUAUAGCAUUCUACAGCGGAAUGGGCAUGGCAGUAACAGCCUAUCUACACUAUCAGUGGAAGAUGCAUCACUACGACCUGAUGUACUGGAAACAUUUGGCGGAGGCGCUCUCGCAGGAUUUCGAUUACUUCCAGCUGGCAAUGCUCCUGGUGAUAUUCGCGAUCAAUGCAAUUUUUGUGUCUAUCAUACUGAGCGUGUAUCUGCGCCCAGCACUCGAUAAUAAUGGUGAGAUGUCCUUGCUGGAGAUCAAGGAUCGCUAUGCCCGAUUUAUCUUGCUACGCCUGAUAGCCCGGCUCGAUCGCAUCCAAUCGAAGAUCUCGGCGAAACGCAAGGUUCUUACGUUCUCACAUUAUGCCAGGGCACACACGAACAUGGUCAAGGCUGUGGCCAUGUUUCGCAAGGAUGCCCGCAAGCUGAUCCUGCCCAACGAAUCGGAGAUCCUAAUGCCCAUCGAGGACAUCUACGGCGUGGCCGAGGAUGAAGAGCGACUUCUUCGUCGUUCCGGCUACUACAAACUGAUCAUCGACACCACCGACGAGACAGUUAAGGCUCUGUUCAACGCCAAGUGAGAAGAGAUCGUAUCCUGCAAAAUCACAAUCCCCAGCCGCUAUCUGAUCUGGUUCCGAUUCAAAACUUUGAGUAAACUGCAGUCCGCCACUAAUUGCCUUUAUCUACUUCUGCACCGAAUACCCCUCCUUAAAGCCAUUUUAUUGUUUCAAUUGUUUGCCUUUGCCAGCUUUUUAUGGCCGCAUUGUGCGCCAGGCCAACAAUAACAGGCCAGUCGGAGACUGUCAGCCAUCCCCCAAUAACAAUAAUAGCAAAAGCAAAAGAAACGGCAACAGAAACAGAAACAGAAACCGGAGCAGUUGCAGAACCAGAAACAAAACUCCAACUCCAACCAGAAACAGAAGCAGAAACUAAAACUAAAAUGCCAGCCCAUGUCUGUACAGCUCAAAACAAUAUCUAAUGUUGUCUA